GUCUAUAAUAUAGAUCGUUGCAUUGCAGCGUUAUGGACAAAGCAAGUAACCGAUAUUCAACAUCAUUUAAUUUAAUACAAUUGGAUUGGGUCAGUUCAGUUCUCUGCCUUAUCUAAAACUUGUGUUGUUCCCACACAUUUGUUACCAAUUGAACUGCCAAAACCAAUCUCUGUUAGUGCUCUUUUAUUUCUUUGAUUGAGCGGCCCAGAACCUUUUAAGUUUUAAGUUGCUCUUUUAUUUCUUUGAUUAUGAUAUCUUCAGUAGUCGAGGGUGGAUCGGACGAGGGCAGACACGAGUCUUCGUCUCUGCUAGACCUAGACUCAUCUCUGUCCUCGUCCGAUUUGAUCAUGAAUUUGAACCUUUCACUACCCAGUGAAACGUUCUUGAAGGCUGCAAUUUCACUCAAGGACAAGGUGGUGGAGAUGAGUUGGAACCGGAGAGAAGUUGUUGAUCCGACGGUGUAUACGGGUUUGCUGGGGACGGCUUUCACUUGCUUGAGGUCGUACCAGGUCACCGGUUGCCGGAAGGAUUUACUCUUGUGCUCUGAGAUCAUUGACACGUGUGCCGCUGCUGCACGUGCCUCCUUGAGGCACGUGACUUUCUUGUGCGGUAGAGGUGGCGUAUAUGCACUUGGUGCCGUGGUUGCUAAUUACAUGGGGGAUCUUCGAAAGCGUGACCAGUUUUUGGGUCUGUUCGUUGAGGUAGCGAAGGAGGGAGCCCUCCCCGUCGGACCGGAAGAAGGCGGUUUUGGAAUGUCAUACGAUCUUCUAUACGGGCGAGCCGGGUUCUUAUGGGCCGCAUUAUUCUUAAACAACAACCUUGGAGAACAUGUCGUACCCGAAGACAUUCUAACACCAAUCAUUGACGCGGUGUUGGCAGGAGGCAGAGCUGGAACAUCUGACAUCAAAGACUGUCCAUUGAUGUAUAGGUGGCACGGAACAAGGUACUUAGGUGCUGCGAACGGCGUUGUUGGUAUCCUGCACGUGCUGCUUCAUUUUCAGCUUCAUGGUGAGGAUGCGGAAGAUGUUAAAGGAACUUUGAGGUACCUGAUGAGUAAACGCUUCCCUCACAGUGGGAACUACCCUUCAAGUGAAGGGAAUCCGAGGGAUAAGUUGGUGCAGUGGAGUCAUGGCGCAACUGGCAUGGCCAUCACAUUGUGCAAAGCAGCACAGGUUUUUCCAAGUGACAGAGAACUACGAGAUGCAGCAAUAGAAGCAGGGGAAGUUGUGUGGAAGAGUGGAUUAGUGAAGAAGGUGGGACUUGCAGAUGGUGUCUCUGGAAAUGCCUACGCCUUCCUUUCUCUUUACAGACUAACUAAAGAGAGUAUAUAUGAAGAGAGAGCAAGAUCAUUCUCCAGCUUCUUGUAUGAUAAUGUGACAGCUCUGCAGGGAGCUGCUGAUGAGGGGCAAGAACCUGGUGGUGGCAAUGGCUACUCUCUCUUCCAUGGACUUGCUGGGACAGCAUGUCUCUGGUUUGAUCUGCUUGAACCCAACAACUCUAGGUUUCCAGGCUAUGAAUUAUAGAAAACUCCAUAAAGAGAUUAGAGAAUCACAAUUAUGUAACAGAAUGUGAAUUUAGAUAAUGUGUGUUUUGGCUGUUAAUUAUAA